GAUGUGGAGUCGGGCCGGAGCAGGGUGCUCCUGAAUUCGGCGCCCCCGCGAGGGGACGGCUUGCUCCUUUUGGGCACCGGCCUUGGCUUGCGAGAGAGCCGGCGCGGCAAGCAGGGAGGAGCCCGGAUGAGUCUGCUCGGGAAGCCGCUCUCCUACACCAGCAACCCGAUCUACCGGCGGAACGCCAAGUACAGGAAGCUGCAAAACUAUCUCUACAACGUGCUGGAGAGACCCCGAGGCUGGGCUUUCAUUUACCACGCGUUCGUUUUUCUCCUUGUGUUUGGUUGCUUGAUUUUGUCAGUAUUUUCUACUAUUCCCGACCAUGUAUGGCUUGCUAGUUACCUCUUCAUUCUGGAGUCUGUCAUGAUUGUUGUCUUCGGUUUGGAAUUUAUCAUACGCAUCUGGUCUGCUGGGUGCUGUUGUCGAUAUCGCGGAUGGCAAGGAAGACUGCGAUUUGCAAGGAAACCAUUCUGUGUAAUAGACAUUAUUGUUCUCGUCGCUUCAAUAGCAGUUGUUUCUGCAAAAACUCAGGGUAACAUUUUUGCAACAUCAGCACUCAGGAGUCUCCGUUUCCUGCAGAUCCUUCGUAUGGUGCGCAUGGACAGAAGAGGAGGAACUUGGAAAUUGUUAGGUUCGGUGGUCUAUGCACAUAGCAAGGAAUUAAUCACAGCCUGGUAUAUAGGAUUUUUAGUACUCAUUUUUUCAUCUUUCCUUGUCUAUUUGGUUGAAAAAGAUACAAAUACCCAGUUUUCUACAUAUGCAGAUGCUCUGUGGUGGGGCACAAUCACAUUGACAACAAUUGGUUAUGGAGAUAAAACUCCUCUUACUUGGCUUGGAAGGCUGCUUUCUGCAGGAUUUGCAUUGCUUGGAAUUUCUUUCUUUGCAUUACCUGCUGGCAUUCUUGGGUCAGGAUUUGCAUUAAAAGUACAGGAGCAGCAUCGUCAGAAACAUUUUGAAAAAAGAAGAAAUCCUGCUGCCAGUUUAAUUCAAUGUGUAUGGCGUAGUUAUGCGGCUGAUGAGAAAUCGGUUUCCAUUGCUACCUGGAAGCCUCAUUUGAAGGCCUUGCAUACCUGCAGCCCUACAAAGAAAGAACAAGGUGAAGCGUCUGGCAGUCAGAAACUGAGCUUUAAAGAGCGGGUACGGAUGGCUAGCCCAAGAGGACAGAGUAUCAAGAACAGGCAAACGUCAGUUGGUGACAGGAGGUCACCAAGUACUGAUAUCACUGCAGAGGGCAGCCCAACAAAAGUGCAAAAGAGUUGGAGCUUCAAUGACCGAACACGCUUCCGGCCUUCCCUACGUUUGAAGAGUUCACAGCCUAAGCCAGUGCCAGAUACUGAUGUCAGUCUUGGUACUGAUGAUAUAUAUGAUGAGAGAGGAUGCCAGUGUGAUGUAUCAGUGGAAGAUCUUACACCACCUCUUAAAACGGUUAUCCGAGCUAUCAGAAUCAUGAAAUUUCAUGUUGCCAAACGGAAGUUUAAAGAAACUCUGCGCCCCUAUGAUGUCAAAGAUGUCAUUGAACAAUAUUCAGCAGGUCACCUGGAUAUGCUGUGCAGAAUUAAAAGUCUUCAGUCACGUGUCGACCAGAUUCUUGGAAGGGGCCAAAUUACUUCUGAUAAGAAAAGCCGAGAGAAGAAUUCUGUAGAGAAUGAAACAACUGAUGACCUUAGUAUGCUGGGACGCGUAGUCAAAGUGGAAAAACAGGUCCAAUCCAUAGAGUCAAAAUUAGACUCACUACUAGACAUUUACCAGCAGGUCUUGAAGAAAGGAUCUGUAUCUGCACUGACCUUGGCUUCAUUUCAGAUGCCACCUCUUGAAUGUGACCAAACUUCUGAUUAUCAAAGUUCAAUAGAUAGUAAAGACUUGUCUAAUUCUGCCCAGACUAGUGGAUGUGUAACCAGAUCAGCCAGCGUCAACAUGCCAUGUGGCCUGCAGCUAAUACUGACACCAAAUGAAUUUAACCCUCAAGCUUACUAUGCUUUUAGUCCAUCUGCGCAUAGUCAAGCCCCACAGGUGCCAAACGAUGGACCUUUAUCAGCGAAUAAUGCACUAAACCAAAUCAAUCAGACAACCAAGCCAACAGCACCUACGACGUUACAGAUACCCCCUUUUUCAUCAGUAAAGCAUAUCAGUAGGUUGGAGCCUAUACAUACUAUUCCUGUGAGCACACAGGAAAAUACUUCUGAUGUCACCGCUUGCCUUGUUGCGUCUAAGGAUAAUGGACAAAAUGCACAGUCCAAUGUGACAAAGGAUGUUUCCUGGAGAAAAAGCCUCGAUACAGAAGGGGAACCCCUAGUCUCAGUGAAACCAAUAGCGCAAAUGGAUAUAGGGAAAUCAUUGUCGGUACAAAACCUUAUACAGUCAACAGCAGAAGAACUGAAUGUACAGAUUUCUGGAAGUGACACCUGUAGCUCAAGAGGCAGUCAAGAAUUACAUAGCAAAUGGAGGGAAUCAAAAUUAUUUAUAACUGAUGAAGAUUUGGAAGCAGAGAGAGAAAAUGAGACUUUUGAAGCCAUUUCCCACCCAUUAGUGGAAAUGACUCUCUCUACUGAUUCUCUAAGGACUGGAAUGUCAAGAUCAUCUCAAAGUAUUUGCAAGUCAGGAGACAGUACUGAUGCUCUCAGCCUGCCUCAUGUCAAACUUAAAUAGCAUUAUGUGGAUUUUGUUCACAUGCUGAGUAAUAUUUUCAAUUACACAUAUACAAGCAUGGACUAUUUGGAAAAUCCCUUUUAAUUUUUUCUAAUUAAAUUAAUCAAAAAGAAAGGCAGUUGUAUGAGUUCCUAUCUUUUAGUUGCAUGAAAAUGCAUGUUUAGGUGACCAACAGAAUCCUGAUUUAUACCCACAGUUCAUUGGUACUUUCAUAUAGUACAGAAGGUAUAAAUGGGAAAUCUAUGAAAAUAAUGCUACUGGUUUAUUAAAGAACAAAAGAUCUGAACAUUUGGGGAUCAUGGCAUUUCUCAUAAAUAAAAUACUAAAAUAUAAAAAGCACUUUGCUACUGGUUAAAAUAAUUACUAUCUAUGAUCUGAAUUAGACCAUAGUUACAUUUACUACAACAAAAAUAUCUGCAGCUGCUAGUGAAAACAUAUGAGAUUAGAAAUGGCUAAUCGUUGUAAACUAAAAUUCAUCUGUUGUUUUAGAAGAAUGUUGAUUUUUAUAUCCCUUUGGAGAUAUGAGACUGAAACAAAACAUUUUGCACAGCACUUUUUUAGGUUUUCUUUGUGAUGAAACUUUUUUUUUUGCUAUGAAAUGUUCAAAGUUCGAAGUUAUCAGGGAAGACUCUCAAUGUGAAAUGUUCUCUUAUCUCAAACUUUCUAAAUUCAUGAUGGAGCUAAAUCAUUUCGCAGACGUCUCUGCAAAAAAGAAACAAAUUAUUGAUUGCAUAUGAAGUAUAUUUUCUCUCUGUACAGUGUAGUCAUUCAACAAAAUUAUAUUCUGGUCUGAAUGAGCACAAUUAAAGGUUGAUGAAAAAAACAGCAGGUAUUGAAGAUUUAGGAGAGCAAGGGAAAAGAAUAAAAGCAGACUAUAUAUUCUUUUUUAAAUAGUUAAAGAAAGGAAACUAUUUUUAA